UGAUCUAGACUCCAUGCAACAUUGUUGCACACUUGUUAAUCAGGCCUUGUCUAUUUAGUUUUGUACUCUGGUUUGAUAUAUCUAUCCAACCAGCAACCACUGAAAUGUUACUCCUAUCUUUUUGGUCAAUUGUUUCGUGCUUUUUGUAUGUGAAUGGCGCUAAACUACCCGAACCAGAGGUGAAAUUUGAGGUUUUACAUAAACCCUUUAUCUGCUUUCAGAAGUCGAAAUAUGGAGACAUACUUCUUGUGCACUUCGAGGGAUUUCUGGAGCGCAAUGGCACCAUGUUUCAUUCCAGCCUUAACCACGGGGAUAAGCAGCCAGUGUGGUUCACCCUGGGGAUCCAAGAGGUGAUCAAGGGUUGGGAUAAGGGGCUGAAGAACAUGUGUUCAGGAGAGAGGAGGAAGCUCACUAUCCCCCCAGCUCUGGCCUAUGGCAAAGAGGGAAAAGGCAAAAUCCCCCCUGAGAGUACGUUGAUCUUUGACAUUGAGAUCAUGGAGAUUCGGAACGGUCCCAGGUCCCAUGAGUCAUUCCAGGAGAUGGAUCUCAGCGAUACUGUUACACCAGGCUAAACUCAAUCAAGCCCAGUAUUUGAACCCAGGUGAAGGAGUACCUAAGGAAAGAGUUUGAAAGACAUGGCUACCAUGCUAAUGACACGCACCAUGAGGCGAUGGUGGAGGACGAGGAUGAAGAUGGAUUCAUAUCUUCUAGAGAGUUUACCUACAAACACGAUGAGCUGUAGAAGUCUGAAUUUUAUAAGGUUGGUUUACAGUAGAUCAAGCGACUGUCUGUGGAUAACGUGUCGUUAGCCCAAGUAUAAACCAGCCUUUACUCCUAUUAACAUGUCAUUUCAUUUUCACUAUGUUCAAUCGGUCCUGAAUUUACAAUUAAAGUGUUCUGAGGAGCGCCAGGGUUUACUGGCAUAUAUAUAUUUAGGAGAUUUUUGUAUUUUUCAGGGAUUUGUGGGUAUGAAAUUGCCUUGAAUACGUAUCAUAGAGAACACUAAGUCCAUCCACUGCAUUUAUGCCAAAUGUGACCCAUGUACAGUUAUUUAGAUUCAUUUAAAUGAUUUUCUGUAUAGACACAUAUUUUUGUGUUAGUCUUUAGUUCAAGUACAAGUCUUUAGUUCAAGUACAAGGCUGAUGGUGAAUGAUGGGGUCACCAAUUUGUAAAGUAUCAUACAGUAUUUCUAAGAAUAUCUGUAUUUGUCAGCCACUGAAAUCAAAUGCCUUUUCAUAAAACUCUCAGAAGAACUGCGCCACCAAUGCCUUUAGAGAGAAGUACUCAUAGCAGAGUACAGGAUGAUCAGUAGAGGGCGCUCUUUCUCCUGUUUUCAUACCAAUACCCAAAGUGCAGAACAACUCCUUUGCUUACUUGUAGAGAACAGUUUAAAUUAAAAGGUCACAGAAGACCGUUCCAUCACUAGUAUUUGUCCCCCUAUUUCACACCAUCUGUAACACAGGGGUAAAUAAGCAGAUUACAUAGAGCAAAGGGGAAUACAGUAUGAAGGAAUGACCUGGUUCAUUCUUUUUCAACUCAGGUUCACGCAGAUGUACACUACCGUUCAAAGGUUUGGGGUAACUUAGACAUUUCCUUGUUUUCGAAAGAAAAGCAAUUUUUUUG